AUGAGCGGCAGCUCUAGCCAGUCCACUCGUACGAGUCCCGGCUCUUUUGGAACUACACAGCUCACAGAGUCCGUGUCAUCUGGUUCGCCCCCACAGCAGUCACUCCCUUCUUCGCAAGCGCCUUUGACGGCUCAGCAUGCGAUGUCGACCGACGUGUAUAGUCCAAAUGCGUCGCAAGCGCCUUCAUCUAUGAACCCUUCUUUCUCAUACCCUUUCUCCCCUAUCGGUACAACAGCUUCAUUCGAUAACAACAUGCGCUUGGAUAACGAUCGCAACCUCCAGGGCCUGAAUGGCCUGAAUCGCGGAAAUGGAGGCGCGAUUCUCAUGCGCAAACUGCCGCGAAAUACGAGCCGCGAAGCCCUACGCAGUAUGCUACUUUUCGCCAAAGACUUUGUGGACGCGGACUUUGUGACCUUGGACCUGCCGGAAGAUGACGGGUUCUUGACCGCGAUCGCGCGAUUCAUUACUUUACCAGCCGCCGAAGAGGCCAGGUCCCUUCUAGAUGGCAAGCCGAACUCCAAAAACGACGCAAACAUGGUCGUCGAGAUGUACCUUGGCCCGAUGGGAGCGAAUUUGUCGAACACCCGCCGUAAUACCAUCGACCAUACUGCGAGCCGUGCGCUAAUGGGCGCCUCGAACGGCCCCCCUUGCGCGUCAAUCCCUAUCGGCGAAGGACUUCCUCCGACCUCUGAAUCAGGCUCGCGUAUGCACAGCCUUUUCUCCCCACAAUCUCCGAUCGGAAAUGGCAUCGAUAACCUCCCACGCAUAACCGGGAAGUCUAUGAUUGAUGAAGACCCGGACGAGGAGACAGGCGAGCUUCUCAAGGAUCCGGUGGGCUAUGCAGAGAAUGGCCAUUCCACCAAUGCCUCCGCCGGGCGCCGGGCUACCAACCCUCAAAUCCCGACUAACCGUUUUGCCAAUAUGUCCCUGUCGACCAACAUGUCAUCACCACCUUUGCAGAACUACCCUGGGGGUGGCGCGCAACGCUUGGGCAGUGGAGCAGCCGCAUCUGCAUACCCGAACCAAGGUCAUGGCUUCCCAUACAAUGCUCAGCACACACCACGCCACAGUCUUCCCGCUGCAAAUCCGAAUGACCUAAAUCCUCCUUGCAACACUCUGUACGUGGGCAACUUGCCACCAGACACUUCGGAAGAAGAACUCAAGGCCCUUUUCUCCAAACAACGCGGGUACAAGCGACUCUGUUUCCGAAACAAGCAGAACGGACCCAUGUGCUUUGUGGAGUUCGACGAGGUCGCUAUGGCUAGCAAAGCGCUCAAUGAGCUGUACGGCUACAAGCUGUCGAACAGUGUCAAGACUGGCAUCCGUCUUAGCUUCUCAAAGAAUCCCUUGGGUGUGCGUUCUGGUCAACCUGGCAGCAUGAACUCAUCCAACUCGGUCUCUGGACAGGGCGCAGUCCCUGGAGGCAGCAGCUUGAGUGGAAUGCACAACAAUAUGUUCUCGGCUGUCAACGGCCCCCCUCCUGGACUGGCAGCACCUCCUGGACUUGGCAUGUCCAUGCCUGCGCCACCGAUGCGCAAUGGUACAUCCAUGCACACCCCCAUCAAUCCGCAUGCUGGACUAAUGGGAAAUUCCUCAUACAACCCCAACUCGGGCCUGGGAAUCCGAAACGGAGCCAAUUCAAUGAUGAUGUCGCCGCCGCCCCCUUCUAAUUCUGGCGGCAACAACAACAACACGGCACCAAACCUGAACGGCUAUAAUUCCUUUUACCCUGACUACAUGAUGGGUCGCUAA